AUGGCCGCAAACAACGUUGCAAUCAUCGGAGCUGGUCUUUCAGGCCUUGCACUGGCACUCGCUCUGCACAAGCAGUCCAUCCCAUGCACCAUCUACGAAGCCCGCUCAGCCUCCCUCGAUAUCGGUGGUGCCAUAAUGCUCUCCCCCAAUGCCUUGCGCAUCCUCGACGCACUCGACAUCUAUGAUAAGAUCAAGCCUCGUGGCUUUGAAUUUACCAAUCUAUACUUCUACACCGACAAACCACUCGACACUUAUGAGUUCGGAGACCGAGAGAAAUACCAGUACGACGCACUGCGAAUCCACCGGUACGAGUUGAUCGAUGUGCUUCUUACUGCGGUCAAAGAGAAGGGCAUUCCAAUCGAGUAUGGCAAGAAGUUUACCCGGAUUCUGACCGAGUCGGAGACCGAAGUCACAUGGGAAUUCGAAGAUGGACAGACUGCUCAAGCAGCCUGCCUUGUUGGAGCGGACGGGAUCCAUUCGCGCGUCCGAAAGUAUUUGUAUCCGGAUCUGGAGCCACGAUUCACCAAUGCGGUGGGCGUCACCGCUGCCGUUCCGACAAGUCAACUCACGGGUACGGAGGCAUAUGGAAUGCCCGUGACGAUUAUGAACCCCGAACAUGGCGCCUUUGUGAUUGCGAAGCAACUCCCUGAUGGAUCUGAAGUCCUGAUUGGGAAACAGAAGCGCGCAGCUGAGCUGGACCGUGAAGGAUGGAACAAGCUGUUGAACGACAAGCAAUGGUGCAUUGAAUUCCUGCGAGAGGGAGCAGAAUCUUUCCCAGAGAUCGUUCAAUCGUCCGUCUCCAACAUUCCAUUGAACAAGAUCAAUCUUUGGCCGUUCCAUAUGGUACCUAAGCUUGACACCUGGGCCUCUAAGCACUCUCGAGUGGUGAUACUUGGUGAUGCGGCACAUGCUAUUCCCCCGACAGCUGGACAGGGUAUCAAUCAGGCUUUUGAGGAUGUCUAUAUUUAUGCCUUGAUACUUUCGAAGUGCCAGCAGCACAACUUGGAGCAGGGGUUGAAAGUCUGGCAGAAGGGUCGACAAGAGAGAGUUGACCGAGUUCUCGACCUCAAUGCACAGAUUGAUGCGCGGAGAAUGCCAAAGAAUCCUCAGGCUACCCCUUCAGACUUGGACACUAAGUCGUUUGACCUGGCGUGGUUGUACAGUCCCAACUUUGAUGAGAUGGCGGAGAGUUGGCUCGCGGGAGUUGGCAUCGUUUGA